GUGCAAAAAUCAGGCGUCCCCCAAACCCGUAAAAAUGGGGAAACCUCAAAGAUUUAAAGGUUUUACAUUUCAUAAUCCAUACCCGAAAAGAAAAAGACAAACCUAAGGAACUCACGUCUCCCUCUCACCUACUUGUUUCAAAAUUCAAAUUAAAGACUGUGUUUAUUUAUCUAAAGCAUGGAAGGAACUGUUGUUAGAAGGGUAAUUCCAUCAGAUAACAGUUGUCUUUUCAAUGCUGUUGGAUAUGUUAUGGAACAUGACAAAAACAAAGCUCCAGAGUUGAGACAGGUUAUAGCUGCAACAGUUGCAAGUGAUCCAGAGAAGUAUAAUGAAGCAUUUCUCGGAAAGCCAAACCAAGAUUAUUGUGCUUGGAUCCUUGACUCUGAGAAGUGGGGAGGUGCCAUUGAGCUUUCCAUUUUAGCAGAUUAUUAUGGACGUGAAAUUGCAGCCUAUGAUAUUCAAACAACACGAUGUGAUUUGUAUGGUCAGGACAGGCAGUACUCUGAAAGGGUGAUGCUGAUUUAUGAUGGGCUGCAUUAUGAUGCUUUAGCUAUGUCUCCGUUUGAAGGAGCUCCAGAGGAGUUUGAUCAGACCAUAUUUGCUGUUCAAAAGGAUAGAACAAUUGGACCAGCUGAGGGCCUUGCCCUUAAUCUUGUCAAGGAGCAAAAAAGGAAAAGAAGUUACACGGAUACUUCCAAUUUCACUUUGCGCUGUGGGGAGUGCCAAAUUGGAGUAGUUGGUCAGAAGGAGGCCGUUGAGCAUGCACAAGCCACAGGCCAUGUCAAUUUCCAAGAAUAUAGAUGAUAGAAACUGCGAGGAAGAAAACAACCGAAAACAAUUCAGUUAUAUUCCAACGAACUCAUUCGGUGAUUGUACUUGUUAGUCAAUAAGUUUUUGGAUUCUUUAAGUAACCAAUAAGAUUAUUAUUUGUACAUUUUAACAUUGUUGUAUAAUGUUGAAGUUGCCGAUUAUUAUAGUUUUUGAUAUUAGUUUGAUAGGA